AUGGUCGGCGCCCGCAGCCCGCGGCGGCCUGUCUUGCGGUCCACCUUGUCCACAUCCUCCUCCUCCUCCUCCUCCUCCUCUUCGGGGGCAGCCGGCGGCGCUGCCGCGGGGGGCGGCGGGGCGCGACCGUUUCCUGGAGGCGGCGGCCCGGGUCGUGCCUCCGUGCUCUCGCCGAGUCCCGCUCGCCGGCCGGGGUGUGUGUGUGGGUGGGGGGGCACCCCGGCCGCCGCGCCCGGUGCGUGUUGUCCGCCCUCGGCCGCGCUUGGUGCUGACUUGGGGCAGGCUCUCCUUGCAGAUGGGGCGGGCAAGCUCUCGAGGGGCUGGCGGGCUGGAAACGUGUUCGUGGUGCCGCACACGUCACAUGGAGAUGGGCGGCAAGAAGUUACCUCUCGCACUGGGCGCUCUGGAGCUCGGUGUAGAAACUCUAUAGCUUCCUGUGCAGAUGAACAACCUCACAUCGGAAACUACAGACUGUUGAAAACAAUCGGCAAGGGGAAUUUUGCAAAAGUGAAAUUGGCAAGACACAUCCUUACAGGAAGAGAGGUUGCAAUAAAAAUAAUUGACAAAACUCAGUUGAAUCCAACAAGUCUACAAAAGCUCUUCAGAGAAGUAAGAAUAAUGAAGAUUUUAAAUCAUCCAAACAUAGUGAAGUUGUUCGAAGUCAUUGAAACUGACAAAACACUGUACCUAAUCAUGGAGUAUGCAAGCGGAGGUGAAGUGUUUGACUAUUUGGUUGCACAUGGAAGAAUGAAGGAAAAAGAAGCAAGAGCUAAAUUUAGACAGAUAGUAUCUGCAGUCCAGUACUGCCACCAAAAGCGGAUUGUUCACAGAGACCUCAAGGCCGAAAAUCUAUUGUUAGAUGCUGAUAUGAACAUUAAAAUAGCUGACUUUGGUUUUAGCAAUGAAUUUACUGUUGGCAGUAAACUGGAUACGUUUUGUGGCAGUCCUCCAUAUGCAGCCCCAGAGCUCUUCCAGGGCAAGAAAUACGACGGGCCAGAAGUGGACGUGUGGAGCCUGGGCGUCAUCCUCUACACUCUUGUCAGCGGGUCGCUCCCCUUUGACGGACAGAACCUAAAGGAACUGAGAGAAAGAGUAUUAAGAGGGAAAUACAGAAUCCCUUUCUACAUGUCCACAGACUGUGAAAACCUUCUCAAACGUUUCCUGGUGCUAAAUCCAAUAAAACGAGGCACUCUAGAGCAAAUCAUGAAGGACAGAUGGAUCAACGCAGGGCACGAAGAAGAUGAACUUAAACCAUUUGUUGAACCAGAACUGGACAUCUCAGACCAGAAGAGAAUAGAUAUUAUGGUGGGAAUGGGAUAUUCAGAAGAAGAAAUUCAAGAAUCUCUUAGUAAAAUGAAAUAUGAUGAAAUCACAGCUACAUAUUUGUUGUUGGGAAGAAAAUCUUCAGAGCUGGAUGCUAGUGACUCCAGUUCUAGCAGCAAUCUCUCACUUGCUAAGGUUAGGCCAAGCAGUGACCUCAACAACAGCACUGGCCAGUCUCCUCACCACAAGGUGCAGAGAAGUGUUUCUUCCAGCCAGAAGCAGAGGCGAUACAGUGACCAUGCUGGACCAGCUAUCCCUUCAGUUGUGGCGUAUCCAAAAAGGAGUCAGACCAGCACUGCAGAUAGUGACCUCAAAGAAGACGGAAUUCCUUCCCGGAAAACAAGCGGCAGUGCUGUCGGAGGAAAGGGAACUGCUCCAGCCAGCCCCAUGCUUGGGAAUGCAAGUAAUCCCAAUAAGGCUGACAUUCCUGAACGCAAGAAAAGCUCUACUGUCCCUAGUAGUAAUACAGCAGCUGGUGGAAUGACACGGCGCAAUACUUACGUCUGCAGUGAAAGAACUACAGCCGACAGACAUUCAGUAAUUCAGAAUGGGAAAGAAAGCACUAUUCCUGAUCCGAGGACUCCCGUUGCUUCAACGCACAGUGUCAGCAGCACAGCCACCCCAGACCGGCUCCGCUUCCCGCGGGGCACCGCCAGCCGCAGCACUUUCCACGGGCAGCCCCGGGAGCGGCGGACCGCCACGUAUAACGGCCCACCUGCCUCGCCCAGCCUGUCCCACGAAGCCACACCACUGUCGCAGACUCGAAGCCGAGGCUCCACUAAUCUUUUUAGUAAAUUAACUUCAAAACUCACAAGGAGGCUUCCAACUGAAUAUGAGAGGAACGGGAGAUAUGAGGGCUCAAGUCGCAACGUAUCUGCUGAGCAAAAGGAGGAAAACAAAGAAGCAAAACCUCGCUCCCUGCGCUUUACCUGGAGCAUGAAAACCACUAGUUCCAUGGACCCCAGUGACAUGAUGCGGGAGAUCCGCAAAGUGCUGGAUGCCAAUAACUGCGACUAUGAGCAGAGAGAACGCUUCCUACUCUUCUGUGUCCACGGUGAUGGGCACGCGGAGAACCUCGUGCAGUGGGAGAUGGAGGUGUGCAAGCUGCCAAGACUGUCUCUGAACGGGGUCCGGUUUAAGCGGAUAUCAGGGACAUCCAUAGCUUUCAAAAAUAUUGCUUCCAAAAUUGCCAACGAGCUAAAGCUGUAACCCAGUAAUUACGGUGUAAAUUAAGUAGCAAUUUAAAGUGUUUUCCUGAACACUGAUGGAAAUGUAUAGAGUAAUAUUUAGGUAAUAACGUCUGCAUCUUCUAAAUCAUGAUAUUAAAAUA